GUUUUGCGUCAGACUGGGAGGGAAAGUCGAGCAAUUGAAAGUGAAACAGACUUAACUUUUAACACAGGCUACUGAAGCACACAAGUGAGGUGUGUCAGUCCUUUCCCUUCAGUGUAAACUUGUGACCACAAUGGCCCGGUUUCGCCUUCUCUGUCUCGCUUUUCAGUGGUUCAUGCGCAUAUUGAGGUCCUUUCUGCGUCGGACAGCAACAACUCUUGGUUUGGGUGUUAAUACGUUUAGGGGAAUAGUCUGGCGACAAAAACACGGAAGCGCCGCAGCUGAGCCCGAAACUGACGAGAAAUCUUCGGAGAUUUUACCGAAAGAGUCCUCACAGCAGGUCGUAGAAGAGACCGGGUCAAGGGGUCAACAUGAGGAUGUCGCCGCUGAGAUGGCCGCAGGUGUGGACCCAUGUUCAAGGCCCACCCAUGUGGGCUUUGAACAGCCAGGUCGUGAUGAAGAAAGUGAAGAUGACUUCAAUUAUGGAGUUGAGGGCACAGAUGAAUAUUACUGUUGCUAUGAUUCAUCUUGGGAGUCUGAUGAGCAAAUGGAUCAGGACCACAAGUGGACGGACUCCAGGCGAUCCACAUCUGUAAGUUGAACUAGCCCGAAAGUUGCAGUUCUUGUUAGCUAUGUGCGAAUUAUGUCCUAUUUUCUCCUAGUUUGUUUGUGAACAUGAACAUAAUAUACAAUAACUUUGUGUUUCUCUCUAUCACUGAAACUGUACAACAGUUUAAUUUUAGCAAACGUGUUUAGGGAUUUGUUAGGCCUGCUAAACUGCUUCAAAACAUGAACAUAACUUAGAUUUGUUUUGUUUGUUUGCUUGUUGUUUGACAGUUUAAAUUCAAGAAAUUUCUAAGUGCUGCAAGGGAUAUGCAAAACUACAGACACGACUACCCUGUAAGUCUCACACACAGAUACACAGAGAGAGAGAGAGAGAGAGAAAGAGAGAGAGAGAGAGAGAGAGAGAGAGAGAGAGAGAGAGAGAGAGAGAGAGAGAGCAAAGCAUGCACAGCAACCCCCUAUGUUCAGGGGUAAACUCAAUGGCAUAUUGUUUCUGUACUUCUCCCCUGCCGCAGCAGACAAUGGGCUUUCAAAACUGGAGUACAGCAGUAACUGUAAGUAGGCUAUACACAGUAAAACUUUCUGAUUGUGUUCAAAGUCCUGUGUGACUUACCAGUUUCUAUAUUUAAAAGUAAAAGAGCAAUUCUGUCCUGUUGUGUAGGCUGAGCAGCCUAAUUUGGACUUCUACCUUGGAGAAGCUCCCUCAGUGCCUGAUGGUAAGCUUACAGUUACAAUUGCACUGUGCAAACUGUGUACCUCAAUUCAGAGAUUAAUUGUCUUGUUGGUUAACUUUCAUGUCUGAUCAGGUGUUUACAUUCACGAAUUCCAUGAUGAAUGGGCUGGAAAAUAUGACAAGCUAGAGUAUGUACACACCUUUAUUCAGUGGUAAGUUUCUUCUCGAUGACAUAUGUUGCUGUGUGGUAUUUUCAGUUUCUGUUUUCACCAUAUGCUCCCCCACUUUUCUCCUAUAGGUUGUUCCCUCUGCCAGAACCAGGAAUGAACUAUCAGGCCACCCCACUGACUAGAGAGGAAAUUCAGGUAAGCUGCCAAGUGCCCCACAGUUUGCAUACUUAAGUGCCUUACAUGUUCUGACAGAAGCACUUCCUUUUUCUCAGAGCUUCUGCGAAAGCAACACUGCAAAGAACAAUCUGUUGAAGUCCUACAAGCUCAUGUUGGACUUCUACGGUAUUGAGUUGCGUAAUGAGAAAACAGGAGACGUUGAGAAAGCAUCAAACUGGAGAGAGAGAUUCUACAACCUCAACAGGUGACUUCUCUUGAUCAAACAUUGUGUUUCAAAGCUCCUCUUCAGUUUCUUAAUUUGUACCAUUUUUAUCGAUAUUGACAGCCGCCUACAUAACAACCUGCGCAUCACCCGUAUCCUGAAGUGCCUUGGGAUCCUGGGAUACCCCCACUAUCAGGAACCCCUGGUCCAUUUCUUCCUCAAGGAGACCCUCGAGAAUGGAGAACUCCCAAAUGUCCGGGACAGUGUUCUCAACUACUUUGUGUUUGCUGUCCGUGACAAGAAACAGCGCAGAAGACUCAUCAAGUAUGCCUAUGAGAAGUUUAACCAUGAGGAGGAGUUUGUAUGGUGCCCAAAGAAAAUUCAGAGGAUGUGGUCAGGAUGUGGUCAGAGUCAGGGCCGCCAAUGGCAGAGAAUGACAUGUGAGUUUGAACAAUCAAAGUAAAGGUAGUAUGAGGCAAAUGUGGCAGCCAAAGCAAGACGUUUUCAGUUUCAAAAAAUCCAAACAACACACUAAUAGAUUUGCGAUGGUUGUUUAUCUCAUGUCUAUCAGUGUCUCUUUCACUCACCAAAUUCUAAAACAACAUGAUGUGAAGACUGUAACCAUGAAGAACACAGUAGAAUGUUGUCACAAUGUUACAUUCUCUCGCUGUUAUUAGAAGUGAAGUUAUGAUCAUCGGCUAUAAAGAGCAGCAACAAAACAGUCGUAUGAAUGCAGAUUAAUAUUUAUGCCUUAACGAGAAAUUCUGGAGUCAAAGCAGUGAAGAAAGAGGAGCUGCUGGGGCUGUGAUUUAAAACUCCACACUGAUGUAAAGGUGGAUACACUCCUGAAUCGUCAAGUUUACUCAGAGGUUUCCAUUGUACAGCUAACUUGAAGCUUGAUUGUGGAACACAGUGAAUUAAAGAAUUAUCAGUGCAUAUACAUUUACACUUAAUAUCCAUUAUUUUAUUUGUGUUACAUUUUUUUGCUCCCUGGUUUAACCACAAGGCCUCAACUGUUAUCGAAGUUCUUUUGAUUACUUGAAAAUAGCAGUAAAAAAAUACUGCUGAGAUUUUUUUUUAAUCAAGUUUAGUUUGUUGUAACAUAAGUGCCUUACGAGAUCACUAAUAUCUCACUGCAGUCGUUCUCACUAAAGCAGGGGUAUAAUCAGAGUUAUUUAACUUGUUGCAGUGAAGCCUUGAUCAUUGAAAAAAAAAAGUUGAUUUUUUUUUGUUUCUUAGUGUUAAACAAUCUGUAUUAUGCUUUUAAAGAUGGCAGGUUAACCCAUCAGCAUUUUCUAACAGAUAAAUGUUAAAUCCUUUGUAGUGUUGGACUUAAAUAAAAAUUUCAGAGAAAAAAAA